AGCAUUCCCAUGUCUCUCGUGUAUGUUUAAAAAAAAUUGCGACACUUUUUUUGACUCGAAUAUCAUACCAAGUAUCAUUGAGGACUGGUUGAAAUGCCACCUGGAACUUAGGAAGUCUUUGAUGGAACCAGUCAAUGGAGUAAAAGUAAAAUUCAAUGGAAGGACCUUUGAAUUCAUAUGAUGAAAAAAAAAACUGAAAUGGGUCCUUGCAAUCAAAUAUCACUAAUAGAAUUUGGCCUAAGAGGACUGCAGGAGCCUUGAAAGAAUCAAAAACUAUGGUGGGAGGAAAAAUAAGUUUUUGGUAGUCAAAAUAUAUUGGGAUUCGGUCUUCUGCACAACCCAUCUCAUAUUUUACUGUUUUGUUGCUCAAAUUGAUUAGUACAAUGAAUGCUCAGACAUGCAUUUGGCAUUAGCUGGAUUAAUAUUGCUGUAAAUUCCUGUAAUCCAGUUGAAACAAAUUGUGAAACUUGAAACGGCAAUCAAGGAUGUGGGUCUGAAGAUUCCUGCCGCUUGACUCCAUGGGCAAUUGUUUUGGAGCUGCUCUGAGAGCUGAGGUUUCAACUCAACUUAGCCCAUCACCAUCUGCAGGAAACUCAAAGUUUACGAGUAAAGAUGUUAAAUCCUCCAAUAAUUCUACUCAAAGCAUGUCGUCUCUCAGUUAUAGGACAGAUAGCAGUAACUUGUCAAAUCCUUUGUCCGAAGGUCAAAUUCUGCCCUCAGCUAAUCUGAAGUCCUUCACCUUUAAUGAACUUAAGAGUGCCACAAGGAACUUUCGGCCAGAUCAUCUUUUAGGAGAAGGAGGGUUUGGCUGUGUUUUUAAGGGAUGGAUUGAUCAACAAGGUUUCAUGGCAAGCAAACCAGGUGUGGGCAUGGUUAUUGCUGUGAAGAAACUGAACCAAGAAAGUUUGCAAGGUCAUAAGGAAUGGUUGACAGAAGUGAAUUAUCUGGGUCAACUUUACCACCCUAAUCUUGUGAAGCUAACUGGAUACUGUGCUGAAGAUGAUCAUCGCCUAUUGGUUUAUGAGUUUAUGUCAAAAGGGAGUUUGGAGAAUCACCUAUUUAGAAGAGGCUCUAACUACCAACCAGUUUCUUGGGAUAUAAGGAUAAAAAUAGCCACUGGAGCUGCCAAGGGGCUUGCUUUUCUCCAUAAUGCAGAAAAGCAAGUAAUAUAUCGUGAUUUCAAGACAUCAAACAUCCUUCUUGAUUCACAUUAUAAUGCCAAACUUUCAGACUUUGGCCUAGCCAAGGAUGGUCCAACUGGUGAUAAAACACAUGUCUCUACAAGGGUCAUGGGGACUUAUGGUUAUGCUGCUCCUGAAUAUGUGGCAACAGGCCACUUGACAGCAAAGAGUGAUGUUUACAGCUAUGGUGUUGUUUUACUGGAAAUGCUAUCUGGUCGACGGGCUUUAGAUAAGAACCGUGCUCCUGGUGAGCAAAAUCUAGUAGAAUGGGCAAAGCCUUAUCUGAAUGAUAAGCACAAAUUGUUUCGUGUUAUAGACACUAGAUUGAAUGGUCAAUAUUCAAUGAAGAGUGCCAAAACAGUUUCAAUGGUUGCUUAUCAGUGUCUUUGUACAGAAGCAAAAUUCAGGCCUACUAUGACUGAUGUGGUUGAAACACUAGAAGAGUUGCAGGAUGCCAAAGAUACAGCAAGGAAUUUAGAUAUUGAACAAUUUGGAAAGAGACAAUCAUUUACCGAUGCAAACAGGCACACUAAUGGCCAACCUAAGAUUAAGAACAUGAUGUAUCCUUCCUCUAGUUUCCCAAGACCUGGUGGUUACUCACAUUAUUUAUAUCAGCGGUCCCUAAAGGCAACAUAAUGUAAGCAUAGCAACAGAGUGUGGAUAUCAUGCAAACUGUAACGGGUUUGCAAUUUUCACUUCUUCUGUUUUAGGGAGUUGAUGUCUCUAGAUAGUAGCUUGGUUCUUCUCUUCCCCGUGUAUUUUCAAGAUUUGAUUGAGCUUAUGCAACAUUAAUAAAUACAGCUGCUAACUGAUUAAAUUAA